AGUCACACUGAUCCAUCACAGCUCAACUGCCUGAAAAAGACAUACAUGGCCUCUUCACAGCAAUACUCAGAGAAACCAGAUGAGCUGAGGAUCGUGGUCACUGGCAAAACUGGAACUGGCAAGAGUGCAGCAGGAAACACCAUCUUAGGGGAAAACCUGUUUAAAGCUUGUCCGUCUUUCUCCUCUGAGACACCAGUAUGUCAGAAGGAAACAGUUCAGUUUGAUGGUCAGAAACUGGCUGUAGUUGAUACUCCAGGUCUGUCUGACACCAAUAUACCAGACUACAAUGUGGUUGCAGAGGUUGUUAAAUCCAUCUCCUUUGCUGCUCCUGGUCCUCAUGUGUUCCUGGUUGUGGUGCAGGCAACAAGAUUCACAAAGGAAGACCGAAAAUCUCUGGAAGUCAUCAAGGAGACAUUUGGAGAAGCAGCACAAGAUUACACCAUGGUCCUGUUCACACAUGGAGACCAGCUGAAGGCUGAAGGAGUCACCAUAGAAGAAUUAAUGAGUAAAAAUCAACCAAUUAAAGACUUCAUUAAUCAAUGCCAUGGAGGAUAUCAUGUUUUUGACAACAGAGAUAAAGACUCAACUCAAGUCUCUGAGCUGCUGCAGAAGAUCAAUGCAAUGGUUCAGAAAAAUGAAGGAAGAUGCUACACCAGUGAAAUCUACACGGAGGCCCAGAAAGCCAUAGAAAAAGAAAUAAGGCGACUUCUGAGAGAAAAUCCAAAAAUGAAGCCAGAAGAAGCAAAAAAACAGGCGGAGAGAAACAACUCAUUCAAUCAGAGCUUUAUGACUUGUAUUAAAGGUGGAUGUGCUGUUGUGACAGCAGGGGGCGCUGUGGCAGCCGCUUUAGUAAUGAAAAAGAUGGGAUGCAUUAUCCAGUGAUAAUCUGCUUUAGCUGCAAAAGAUUAAAUCCAGAUUAACAUAAAAUACAAGAAAAUAAUUAAGGUGUGAAAAUAUUUCAGCUGUUUAAUUUUAUGUGACCAACAUUUGUUUUGAUUGUUAAAAUAGUAACUGUAAAUAUUUCAGUUACUUUUCCUUUUCUUUAAAGGAAAAGUAAAAAAUUCAAAAUUAAAACGUGACUCAACGUGCCUGAUGGAGAGGUGAUGAUUGUUGUCAUGGUGCAAUGGGAUGUUUGUAACUCAAGGUGUUGUUCUCGACUUAUUGAAGUAUGCGUUAUUGAUGAAGAGCAGGGACGUGAUCACUCUUUUGGUGUUGGCUGGUAAAUUACAAUCUUUAUGAGACAAAUGUUCUGAAACAAAAUGCUGCACUCUAUGUACUUUUACAAUUAGGCUUCAGACCUAUAGUUAGGGCUGGAUCAGGUAACCCUGGAUCCCAGGCUGCUGGGGGAUUCCCAUGACGCACUGAGAGUUUCAUCUGGUGUUCAUACACCAUUCAUUUCAUUUUGUCCUCUCUCUCAUAACUUGUGUUUGUCCUGUUUCUCUGUGCUCUCCUUUUUCUCCAGUGGGUCUCUAUGAUGGCUGCCCUUCCCUGAGCCUUGUUCUUUUGGAGGUUACCUCCUGUUGAAAGGGAGUUUUCCUUCCCACUGUUACCAAAUGCUACUCAUAGGUGAUGAUCUGAUUUUGGGGUUUCUCUCUAAUGCUAUGGGGUCUCUAAAGUGAGAGGACUGCUGUUGUGAGGUGGUGCAAUAAAAAAUAAAGCUGAACUUAUUUAACGAAA